AGCUCGUCGGCGGAAUGACGUCUCCCUUCGACGGCAUUGCCUGCUUCUGGCUGUCACUAGUCUGGAUUCAACUGGGUAUCAUCAAUGCCGGCCUGGAGUUCCUCAAGGAUUUCGUACCCCUUCAGCUGGUGCGGCUGAGAGAGAUCGAGGACGAAGAGCGGGAAAUCGAGGGCGAGUGCACCCUGGGAGCCAUCAGCAUUCGUAUGUUCGCCUUUUAAUGACUGCUAUAGGGAUUCAUCUUUAAUUAUUAUUCAAACUCAUUAUAAUUACCUACUCUGACUGUUACUGUUACCUUACAUUUCUAGUUAUGUUAACAAAGAAAUGAAAACAUUGAUUAAUUGUAUACCUUUAAGAAUAGUAUUGCUAGUACUAGCACGUUUCCAUAUAAUCUUAUCUUUUAACUUAAAAUAUUCGAUUCGAUUGUAAAUAUAGCAAAUACAAAGUAUCAUGGAAUG